AUGGUUAUUAUUCAGGCGAUGCCGUCCUCUUCUGCGAGUUCGGUGUCGGACAACGAGUUCGAGAAGAAGAAGGGUUGGGAUGAGAAGGAGUACGACUCGGAUGGCAACGAGUUGUAUGUCGUGGAGAGGAUAUGCGACAAGAAGAUGAUGAGAGAUCCCGACAACAGGAACAACAAGAUAUGGAUGUAUCACUUGAAGUGGAAGGGCUAUGGAGAGGGCGAGAAGACGUGGGAACCCAAGAGCAAUAUGGACUGUCCGGACCUCUUGGAAGAGUUCGAGAAGGAGUGGAAAGUAAAGCAGGAGAAGGAGAGGAAGCGGAAGGAGAGGGAGGAGCGCGAAGAAGAGCUGCGGCGCUCCGAGAAGUACCUCAAACACAACAAAGACAGGCAUAAGUCGCCGAAAGCGGCCCGUCGUUCGUCUUUUGACUCGGAUUACGAUACGAGCAAACCGUCGGGAAGUGGUGUCUCACGCGAUGACAUCCGAAAGUCCGAUAAGAAGAAGAAACGGUCGCACAGUUCGGACAGCGAUUCCGAAGCCGACCGCAAGAAGCGGAAGCACUCGAUGUCGACACCGAAGUCUUCGAAGAAGAUCAGCAAAAAGGAUUCGGACAGCGAUUCAGACGGCGAUAAGAAACGAAAGAAGAAGGUCGAGGAGGAGAAGCGCAAGAAGAAGGUCGCGUCCGACUCGGACUCCGAUUCUGACGCCAAGUCUAAGGCCAAGAAGACUGAAUCGGAGCCCAAGAAGUUUGAGAGCGAAGCCGAGAAGAAGAUAAUGUCUAAACCCGGACCCAAACGGGCGAAAGAGGCGGCGCUUAAGAAACUGAAGGAAAUGGAGACUCAGAAACCGAAGCCAAAGGAUUCGGACGACGAAAGCGACUCAAAGAGUAAACCGAAGAAGAAGUUGGACUCGGAUUCAGACGACGACUCGAAGACCAAAAAGAAGGAGUCAGAAGAGGAUGACGUGAAGAAAAAGAUAAUGUCAAAGCCGGGCCCCAAACGGGCCAAAGAGGCCAGACUUCAGAAGGCUAUCGAAGACGAAAAGAAGGCAAAAGAGAAGCCAAAAGCCGUCGAUUCGGACGACGAGAAGAAGACAACGCAGAAGAAGAAGGAAUACGUCUCGGAUUCGGACGACGAAAAGACACCGAAGGCUUCGACGGCUGAUAAGAAGGCCGACAAAGAGGAAGAGCCCGAGAAGGAGGAGUUGGCGAAGAAGAUAAGGCCCGGACCUAAGCGGGCAAAAGAGGCUCAAAUGGCGAAACUGAAGGCCAACUCUACGCCAAAACCCGAAGAGAAGAAGAAGACUGUUGUCGAGGAAUUGAUUGAUAACGAUUCCAAUGAUAAGAAUUCUUCCUCUUCUUGGGAUACGGACGAGAAGAACAAGAAACAGACAGAAAAGCCGAAGAGUCCGACAACAAGUCCGUCAAAACAAGAGAAACCCGCGGAAGAGGAGAAGGAGGAGCCGCUGUCGGCCCGACUCGACAAAGUGCUGCUCAAACCGGGACCCAAACGGGCAAAAGAGGCCCAAAUGGCUCGCCUGAGCAAAGCCGCGAGUGAAGACAGUAGUAGUAAUUCAGUCAUCAGUAAGAAAAGCGAUGAUAAAGAGUCGGACAAAGAGGAGGACAACAAGUCUGAUGACGAAGAGAGUGAGUCGACGUCCGCCGCCAAGAAAGACGAGACCACCAAAAGUGCGGAGAAGAGUAGUCCCAAAAAGAGCAGUAAUGAAGAGCAGAGAAAGUCUGUGCUCUCGAGACCGGGUCCCAAACGCGCCAAAGAGGCCCGACUUAAACGUCUGAACGAUUCGCUCCAGACGUCUGGCGUCACUGAAACUAAAGACGACAGCAAUUCCAGUAACUCUAACGAAGAGACCACUAAAAAGACCAACGGUUUGAGUCGAAGGGCCGGCAGUACGGACUCAUUGGACGCCAUCAUCAGUACUCCAGCGCCCGAAGAGGAGUCAAUGGAAAUGGAGAAAGAAUUGGUCGCUGAGAUCGAGUCGCCGGCCGGUGUGGCGCCCGAGCCGUUGACUAAUGGCGGCGUUGACAGCGACGACAACAGCCGUCUCGGCGCCGGCGAAACGGCUGAUAACCUGAUCGCCGGGUUGACCAAAAUCGGUAAUUCAGUGACAAUAAACAGUAGUAAGUAUUUGUCGCAAAUAUCUAAUGCACUGUCUCUGGCGGCCGAUGUAGAGAUGAAAAGACCCGGUUUUAUAUCAAAACGCGUGUCCAUUAAACCCUUCAGAACCGAUCGGAAAGCGGAUAAAAUCAUAUCCGCCUUCUAUUGCAACGAAAAUAAGUUGUGUUUUUUGAUGAAAUAUUCGGCCACUAAUAAGUGUGAAGUCGUCCUCUCAGACGAUGUCAGUCAACACAAUCCGAAGCUUGUGAUCGAUUUCUAUCAGUCAAACCUUCACUUCACAUAAGGACUGUUUCAACAAUUCACUGAAUCAUUAGCUGAUAGUUGUCUCCGAUCUCUCAUUAUAUCAAUCAUUUUAUAUUUCAAGAAAUGAACACAUUUUAAGUGAUGUUUUGUUUGUUGUUUUGUUUAUUGCGCUAAUCAUUGGCCCCGAAUUCCUCGUUAUCAUUGAUUUGGUUUAAAACAAUUUAAUUAUAAAAUCACACAUAUAUUGCAAAAUACUUUAAUUCCU